ACCAAAGAAGCUCUCUUCACAAUUCUCCAGGACCUAAGGCCUGAAGACCACUUCAAUAUCAUUGGCUUUUCCAACCGAAUAAAAGUCUGGCAGCAGGACCAGCUGGUGCCAGUCACUCCAAAUAAUAUAAGAGAUGCCAAAAAGUACAUUCAUAACAUGUCGCCUACUGGAGGGACUAAUAUUAACGGUGCUCUCCAAACUGGUGCAAAGCUGCUAAACGAUUACAUUGCUCAGAACGACAUCGAUGCCAGGAGCGUCUCUCUGAUCAUCUUCCUCACAGACGGGCGUCCCACUGUUGGGGAAACACAGUCAUCCAGAAUUCUCAGCAACACCAAAGACGCCAUCCGUGAUAAAUUCUGCCUCUUCACCAUCGGCAUUGGUAAUGAUGUGGACCACAAGCUUCUGGAGAGGAUGGCGCUGGAGAACUGUGGCAUGACGAGGCAUUUCCAGGAGGAUGAGGAUGCAGCCAGCCACCUCAAAGGGUUCUAUGAUGAAAUAGGAACACCCCUUCUCUCUGACAUCCGUGUUGAUUACCCUGAAGACAACGUGGAGCAAGUCACCCAGAACUUCUUCCCUAACUACUUCAAUGGCUCUGAAAUUAUAAUAGCUGGCAAACUCAUCAAUCGUACCUCAGAUAAGCUCCACGUGGAGGUGACUGCUAGCAACUCCAAGAAGUACAUCCUCCUCAAAACAGAUGUGGCUAUUGACCUGCCAAGAGGUGUCCCUGGCCUGGAAGAUGGCAAAGGUGAUAAAAAUUACAUUGAGAGGGCAUGGAGUUACCUCACCAUCAAGGAGUUGCUUAACUCUCGAUUGAAGAGUGAUGACAGCCAGGAGAAAGACUAUUUGAUGGAGAAAGCCAAGUCAAUGGCUCUGGCUUACAAUUUUGUUACUCCUUUCACUGUUCUGAAGAUGAGAGAGGCUGGACUCCAUUCAGAACCACCUCAAGGGGAGUUUAUUAGCCCUUCUACUGAUGGCAUUGGUGAGAAGUUGCAGAGCUUGCAGGGACACAAAGCACCGCCAGGUAUACACAGACAGCAAGAUAAACAAAGAAUUAAACUAUCCAAAACUUCAGCGGAUGGAGACCCUCAUUUUGUCAUUGAUUUUCCCUCCAGCAAGUUCUCUGUCUGCUUCAAUAUUGAUGGAGAACCAGGGGACAUUCUCCGACUGGUGUCUGAUCAUAAGGAAUCUGGUGUAACUGUGAAUGGGAAAUUAAUCGGAGCUCCUGCACCACCCAACGGCCACAAAAAGCAUCGGACUUACUUCAGCACCAUCACUAUCCUCAGCAAUAAGCCAGAGAGAUCUUAUCUGGAGAUCACACCCAAAAGAAUCAUCCUGGAUGAUGGGGAAAGACUUCUUCUGUCCUGUGAUCGGAGUGCUGUUGUGAGAAGCAACAGCCUCGAGGUGUCCAUCUCUGCCAAUUCCAACAUUACUGUGACGAUACGAGACACAAUCAGCUUUGUCAUCCUCAUCCACCAUUACAAGAAGCCGGCCCCAUAUCAGAGGAAUCACCUGGGUUUCUACAUCUCCAACAGCAAAGGCCUCUCUUCUGACUCCCAUGGGCUACUGGGUCAGUUCUUGAACUAUGAAGUCAAGCUUCUUCAGGAAUCCCUAAAUACAAGUCAUCAGCAGGUUGGUCAGAACCAAACUGAAGCAUUAAAGCCAAACUCUACGAACACCCUGAAAGUGAAGGGCCGGCUCGUUCCUGUUGUGUGGAAGCAGAGGAGGAUCUACAACGGCCAGCAGGAAGUUGACUGCUGGUUUGCCAAAAACAACGCGGACAAACUGAUCGAUGGGAGCUAUAAAGACUAUUUGGCUUCUCAUCCUUUUGACACAGGGACCAACUUUGGGACAGUUAACAGCCUUUAAGGCCGAUCAUAGCAACGCGUUACGGCAGCAUGUGUGACAGCGGUUCCCUUCUGACGGCUCUAGAGCUAGGCAACUUAUGAAUAUUUCUUUACUUCUUGGUGCCAAAGAAACCAAGGCUUUUUGCCCUUGGAAAUUAGCUGUCUCUCUUUCAUGCUAGAUGAACGUUGUUCAUCAAAUUCCUGA